AUGUGCAGGGGGCAGAGGGUCCUUCUUGCCUUCUUCCUGACUUCAAAAGUGUUAGUGGCUCAGAUGGUUCUACAGCAGCCUCGGGACGUUGUGUUUGUUGAUGUGGGAGGAACAGUGAGGCUCCCCUGUGUGUCCAAUCAGUCACUAGAAUCUGGAACUGGAGUUUCCUGGUACAGAAGGACAUGGAGAGUGGGAGAGGCGCCUGAGAGAGUGGUGUCUUGCUUAAAUCAGUCUGAGAGACAUAAGUGCAAACUCACAUCUGAUAAACAAAGAACGGAUCUGGAGAUACACAAUGUGCAGCGGAACGAUUCAGGGGUGUAUUACUGUGCAGCCGAGUAUGGAAACAUGAUCUUUGCUAAUGGAACAACUCUUAUUGUGGGAGACAGUUCCACAUCCAGGAGUUCAGUCCACCUGUUGGGCCCUUCCCGUGUCACUUUCUCCAAUAAAUCUGUCCAGUUGGCCUGUGUGGUACAAGGGGCUCAGUACAUGGUCCAUGUGGCUUGGAACAUCUCUGGGACUCAUCAUACUGGGAAGAUGGUUGCUAAAGAAGAACAUGGCGGGACAUGGACCUUCAUUAAUUAUAUUACUGUACCGAGAGGCCUGUGGCUCAAGGAGGACAAUGUAGCCUGUCAAAUCUGGUUCAGUCCGUCUAUCACAAUUCUCAGAAAUAUUGGACAAAAAGUGCUAAUGUAUCCCUGA